AUGUCCAGAGUCGUUAUCACCGGUAUGGGUAUGGUCUCACCACUAGGUGUUGGUGUGAAGCAUUCUUGGAAUGCUCUUUUAGCUGGGAAAUCUGGUAUCGUCUCCACAGAUUCUUUAAAUGAUGAACGAUAUGAAAAAAUCCCUUCCAAAACUGUUGGUAAAGUUCCAGAAGGUGAAUUAGCUCAAGGUGGCUGGAAUAUAAACGAACAUUUUCAAAAAGGUGAAGCAAGACGUUUGGCAACAUUCUCUCAGUAUGCCUUGGCUGCUGCUCAUGAAGCUUUAACAGAUGCAAAUUGGUUUCCAACAGAAAUUGAAGAUCAAUUAAACACAGGUGUCAUUGUUGGUUCUGGUAUAGGUAGUAUUACUGAUACUUUUGAGAAUUCUAUUGCUUUUGGGAAUGGUGGUUAUAGAAAAGUUCAACCUUUAUUCGUCCCUAAAAUGCUACCAAAUAUGGCUGCUGGUGCUAUUUCGAUCAAAUACGGUCUAAAAGGACCAAAUCACUGUCCAUCUACAGCUUGUGCUACAGGAAAUCAUGCUAUUGGUGACUCCUAUAGAUUUAUUAAAGAUGGGUAUGCUAAGACUAUAGUAGCUGGUGCUUCUGAAGCCCCACUUCAUCCUCUGGCUUUAGCCGGAUUUGCAAGAGCUCAAUCGGUGGCCACUGAUUUCAAUGAUACCCCAGAGAAAGCUUCAAGACCUUUCGAUAAAGAAAGGGGUGGUUUUGUUUUGAGCGAAGGUUCUGGGAUCUUGAUCCUGGAAGAAUUGGAACAUGCAAAGAAACGAAAUGCUAAAAUUUAUGCCGAAAUUGUUGGUUAUGGAUUAUCUGGUGAUGGACAUCAUAUAACAGCACCUUCUCCAGAUGGUUUAGGAGCAAGAAGGGCAAUGGAGCUUGCUACAAGAGGUAUUGAUCUCACAAAAGUCGGGUACAUCAAUGCACAUGCAACAUCAACAUUGAUUGGUGAUAGAAUUGAGAAUAAUGCUAUUAAAACAAUUUUCAAAAACAACUUAGACUUCCUUGUCUCUUCUACUAAAGGAUCACACGGUCAUUUAUUGGGUGCAGCUGGUGCUGUUGAAGCUAUAUUCUCAAUUUUGGCUGUUCAAAAUAACAUCGCACCUCCAACUUUGAAUUUGGAAUCACCAGGUGGAGCGGAAGGUGAUAAUAUUGAGGACUUUACACUAAACUUGGUUGGUCCAAAGCCAGUUGAGCAAAAUAUUGAAUAUUCGUUAUCAAAUAGUUUUGGUUUCGGUGGUAUCAAUACUUCAUUAUUGUUCAAAAAAUACACUGAAUAA